UUUAUUCACUGGGGGGGGACCGUGUCCCCACCCGCCUCCACUCGGGCCCGCCAUCUUGCGGGCCUCACUGCACCAAGUCGCACCAAAACGCAAGUUCGCUUCCGUCCGUUGGCACAAAACAAUCCCCCCACACAAGCACUAGUCUAACAGUCACCAAAAAUAACCGGUACUCACCGCUGGCAAACGGUCACGAGGCAGAAAAUCCACACUCCCUAGGCUCCCAAGCUCCCCGGGUGAUGGCGUCGGUUUCUGGCGUCGGUUGAGCAAUGGCGUCGCAGAAUACUGGGCACGGGAAAUCGCAGCGUGUUCACUCUCCGAAUGCUAGAACACAAUUGAACAGGAUUUGAUGCUUUUUUUUGGUUGGCACCACGCUCCAAGCCCUUCCCCUCAGUGCGAAUUUUCAAAAAGCCCACGCAAAGCUCCUACUUCCACCCCUCGGUCUACGCGAGAUGCAGCGAUGAUGCGCGCGUACGUGUCCUGCGCAGCACUCUCAGCGCGGCGUGGAGGUGCGAAAGAGACGACGCUAUGGAAGCAUGCAAAAAGCGCCCAGAGCUGGAAGCUUCCAAUGCUUUCGCUAUCGCCGUGGGCAAACCGCUAGGAUUGAAAACGAUCUAUUUGUAUGGAUAUUUCGAUAAAAGUGAGUAAUUCGCAUUACUAAACCGGUGAUCCACAACGCGCGGACAACGGAUUUUACUGUACCAGGGAACAGUUUCUCGAUUCGACACCCCUGCACGGGCCGUGCUUACGGGCGCAGUGACAGCGUACGUCAGUGUUUUGCUCUGCGGUCGGUCGCUAGCUGGAGCACAUUGAAGGUAAACAUUGGAAAGGAAAGUUUGGAUAAGCUGCAGUGAAGUUGUGCUUGUUUCGAUGGGAAAGAUGAGGCUGUCUGAGCGAAUGGUUCAAAAUAAUCUACUCCCGUACUCGAUGGUGCUGGUUUGCUCACACGACAACGGGUGAGAAUGUGUGACAACGAAGCGAGCUUCUGCUGGGACAGCGGCCGUACAAAAGGAAACAUCUCCAUCUCCCCGUUUGGGACAGUUGCUGCGCGAAAGGACGAAGGCUGUGAAGCAGCACAAUCCCACAACGGCACGAACGGGUGGUCGUGCCGAGCUGCUGGCCGGUGGCCGGAUUGCACUGUACGGCGAUUCAACGCAUCUGGAGAAGCCGUGCUACACGACGACGGGCGAGAAACGUCCCAUACCUGUGUGUCAACGGCUAGAGUGGGAAUAUCCGGUCACGCUGCACAUGUCCAGCUUAAGCUUCGGCACCGGUCCAAACGAUCGAUCAUCUACUCGUCCAGGAACUAAAGCAAGGCCCACCGCAACCAAUCAUGCCGUUGGUGGGGAACGAGCUCGUCUACAGCAGCCGGGGUCGUAGAUUGGAAAGUCAGAAAGGUGGUAAUGCCGCGCUCGGCGCCAACGAUGAAACGAUGAACGAAUGAGGCGCCUUGUGGUAGAUGUAUCUUGUUGAAGAAAAUGGAAAAAAGGAAAUGUCCCCAAAUGAGCGAUGUGUGUGUGUGGAGAGAGCAACAGAAGCAGCAAAAAGAUGAACAUACAUUUUAUCAAUCCGUAUUGGUGUGAAUGUGUUCCUAGCCCACACGGGGAGGAACGCAAAAUAAAGAAGAAAAUAUGUUUAUAACGAACACACAAGCGCGAGCGAGGAUGGUGGCGAUUGUUUGAAAGAAAAGGCCUCCUUUGAUUGCGAAACAGAACAGGAGCAAAGGAGACAAAGGAACAGUUUGGACAAGUUUGAACCGAUCGGUGGCGGUGGUAUUGUUCUUGUUGCGAAAGAAUGCAAGUGAGGGAGAACGGGACAGUUUCUUCGAAUGUGUUGGAUCCGUGUGGAGUUGCCGUUGGGGUCAAACCGAGGGAUCAGUGUAUCGAUGGCAGCCAGUGCGAUGAGUUGUGAUGAAGCGGAACCAAGAGUGAACCAAAGCGACCAAGAGAAGUGGAAAUUGCAACCUUUUUCUUUCAACCAUUUCCCCAAUAACCCAACAACGAGUGAGAUCGCAUCGAAAAGUUGCCGCUCGACGCCACGCCUACUUUUUGCAGCGUAAAACCCGCCCUAGUAUAUAAGCGAAACGCAGGUAGGUUUGAAGCAUCAGUUUCGAAGUAUUUUCAGAACAAUACAACCGUGGAAUCUGCGUCUGUCUGUGCAGUCAUAUACGGCUUUUCUUGCAAGUUCUCUUUGUGAAGUAACCGAACCAACCACCAACUUCUCAUCAUGUCCGGCCGCGGAAAGGGAGGCAAAGUGAAGGGAAAGGCAAAGUCCCGCUCCAACCGAGCCGGGCUGCAGUUCCCGGUCGGCCGCAUCCACCGACUGCUGCGCAAGGGCAACUACGCGGAGCGCGUCGGAGCGGGCGCGCCCGUCUAUCUGGCCGCGGUCAUGGAGUACCUGGCGGCGGAAGUGCUCGAGCUGGCGGGUAACGCGGCCCGCGACAACAAGAAGACGCGCAUCAUCCCGCGCCAUCUGCAGCUGGCCAUCCGCAACGACGAGGAGCUGAACAAGCUGCUGUCCGGGGUGACCAUCGCCCAGGGCGGCGUGCUGCCCAACAUCCAGGCCGUGCUGCUGCCCAAGAAGACGGAGAAGAAGGCUUAAGCUGGGGUGCGGGAUACAGCUCUAUGGACACGAACGCUUUGGAAAACAGGCCUACGACACCCGAAACCUCGCUACGACACAAAACGCCCUUAUCAGGGCGACGAGAUGCAUUCCUCAAGAGCUACACUUUCUUUUCAUUGCGUUUGGGAUGGGGUGGCAGAGGGAGGGAGGGAGAUGGUUGUACGCUUUUCUUUGCAACGGAGAAGCCAGUGCACUGGUAUGAUGGCGCAGCUGAUGCAGAAAAACGUCAACGAGCGCGCUGGCGUUUAUACAGCCAUGUUGUACGAUUCACCGUCAGCGCUGCUCAUGGACGAAUGAGUGCAACGAAUGGCCGUGUUUGAACAGACCGUUGUAUGAAAUGUGAUGAGUAGGAUUUAUUCGCCGAGCAUCCGUUUGAUAUCACAACCAUAUUCCUAUGACUAUUUUACGACUUAGAACGGACAAAUAAAAUAAAUA